GAGCUGAAUGUGGAUCAGAGAGACAUUUAUAUAAGGAGGCGUCUGCGCGAGAGCUCUGAACUCGUGUUCUUAGGGGGAAACCAGCCGCAACAGCCGCACCACCACCACCACCACCACCACCACCACCAGCAUCAGCAUCAGCAUCAGCAUCAGCACCACCAUCAGCACCACCAUCAGCACCAGCAUCAGCACCAUGCAGAGCCUCGUUGCCAUUUCCCUCACCUUGAUCCUGGCUGCAGCGUUUACCGGAGCCCAGAAACCUCAUCCAUGCAAAUCACCCCCUCUAAUGGUUGGGAGGCUGAGCGCGCUGAACCCCAAAGGCCACGUUGCAGCUUACGAGAGGUUCAGCUACGAUGCUCUGGAGAGGCGGAUCCGCGUCAGGGCCUUGGUGUUCGUUGACAACAGCACCAUGUACGAGGAAGCGCUUCUGCUCUUCAGAGAGGGUGUCCUUUACGAAAUAUUCCAUCAGAACCAAACCUGCAAGAGGUCCGAACUGAAGGAGCCCUUCCAGCCCAUUGAAGUCCCUCAUGACGCCCAGCUCCUGGGACAGCUGAUACUGGGAAGUUCUUCUGCCCCUGGAUCGGGGCUCCUGGUGAACUCCUGGGAGAAAUCGGUGCCGGAGAUAAAAACAAAAUUCUUCAUGACGUUCACAGAAUUUGCUUGUAUUCCUGUAAGCAUCGCGUCCCACACAGAAAACACUGGAUGGACUAUGACCAGCUUCUAUGACCUGGUGAUCGGGAUUGAAGAUCCAGACGAGUUCAUUCCACCUCCUUUCUGUGAGAAGGCAGAAGUGAACCACAAAUCAGCAAAGAGUUUAUUUAACUUCUUGGGAUGAAAAUAAAAAAGUUAAAUGUCCUACUUAUGUUACUCCUAAAAAAAAAAUCACUGCCCUUUAGCCAUCGAUCUCUUUGAGUCCUAAACCAAAUGAGAUUAUUAGUUUAUUCUCAGUGGACAUAAAUAUGUUAAAUGCUGAUUCUUCUCAUUUUUUUGAAUAUAUUCUUUAAAAGGCUUGUGAAAUAAAAAUUAUGUCUCUC